UCACCAGAGGCGAAACGGAAACGGAGUGAGAAAGACAAAGGUAGGAGUAGGAGAAAAGACGAUAAAGAAGACGACCACAAAGAGAAGUCUAGGAAAGACAGAGAAGCUGCCAAUGGUAAUGACAGUAGAAAUGAUGGACUUGAAGAGGGAGAGGUUGUGGAACCCGCACAUGAACCUACGGCAAGAGAGCUGGAAAGACUGCGACUUAUCGAACAACUGGUAUGUGAUGAUAUUCCUUUUUAUCUAAACAAACUGAUAGCUCUAGACAUAUUUGAGUUGCCUCCGGCCAAAGAAGACGCUGAGUUGGAUGGGCCAUCUUCAUCGGUGCAAAAUCAUGAUCAAGCCCAUGAUUCUAGGGCUUGCCCAUAUCUCGACACUAUAGAUAGGAAGGUGUUAGACUUUGAUUUCGAGAAGCUUUGUUCCGUAUCUUUAUCACAUCUCAACGUAUACGCAUGUAUGGUAUGUGGAAAAUAUUUCCAGGGUCGUGGUACCAAUACACAUGCUUAUACCCACUCACUGGACACCGACCAUCGUGUUUUCCUUAACCUUCACACUCUCAAGUUCUAUUGUCUGCCUGAUAAUUAUGAAGUAGACGAUCCAUCUUUG